CACAAAAUUAUGUGACGGACUGGUGGGAGAAAUACGUCUAUUUGAGAAGUAGACUUCCAUUACCUAUAAAUUGCAAUUACUAUAUCAUGGAUCAGAGCUAUUGGAGGGCAACCGAUAGACCGGCCGCGAGAGCCGCUUCACUCGCCACCAAUAUAUUGAAAUUUAAACGACUUAUAGAUAGAGAAGAAUUGCCACCUCUUCUGCUCCGAAACACAAUUCCCAUUUGUAUGUCUCAAUACGAGCGUCUAUUCUCCACCACUAGAAUUCCCGGCGAAGAGAUGGACGAACUGAUCCAUUACGACACCAAACGAUCCAAACAUAUAGUGGUUGUCUGUAAAGGAGUUUACUAUAGAGUGGAUGUGUUUGACUCGAAGAGCCAACAAAUUUCAUCGAGAAAUUUGGAGCAAAAGAUUGAAUGGAUUAUAAAGGAUGCGACGGAACACGAGCUGACACUUACGCCCGAAGAGAAAUCGGUGGCAGCGCUGACGGCAAUAGACCGAAGCGAAUGGGCUGUC